CACAUGAAGGGCACUGAAGUGACGCAACUGGACUGUGCGUACUUCUCAAUUCUCAUCUCAUUCCUUUGUAGUUCUUCAAGCUCACCCAUGGCGUCCUCCCUGCGCAAACCCUAGGUCUCGUUAUCUCAUUUGUUGACACCAUUCUUUUCCCUUGUAUAAGACAUCAGAUCCAGGUCUACGUUCUUUCAGGAAAUGAUGAUGGAGGGGGAUUCUGAUGGGGAGGACGACCGGCACCGGCUGAUUGAACGGCCACAAGAGGAAGUGAGGAAGAUCCAGCGGUCGAACUUCGAGAUCGGCGAGGAAGUUCGGAGAGUACCGAGAUUCCGGCCGUUCCGAACGAUCAACAAGUGGUACCUCGUGGCAAUCUUUGUUCCCGUCAUCCUCGUCGUCGUUUUUUUCUCAUUAGGCUCCAGCAAGUUGGUUGGAGAUUUCCCUUCUUUGAGUUUCAAGAGCGCUCCUUAUUCGGCUGCGGAUCGGAUGCGGGAAUCGGAGUUGAAGGCCCUCUACUUGUUAAGGCAGCAGAAACUGGGGUUUGCACGGCUAUGGAAUCUUACUUCAGUAAAUUCGCUGGCAUCAAAUGCUUCGCAUCUCUCCAGUUCCAAUUCCACUGCAAAUGUGAGUGACUCCGCUAAGAGUAAGGUGCAUGAGCCCUCGAUCUUGAUGGAUGAUCUCAGAUCUGAAUUGCUUAGCCAAAUUAGGAUAAAUGAAGAAAUUCAACACACAUUGCUAUCUUCUCAUGUAAGUGGGAACGAAUCUGAGUUCCUCGAGUAUGCUUCCCCUGAUUUUGACGUCAAUGGGGGGAACAUGAUUAAUAGAUGCAGAAAAGUAGAUUAUCCGGCGAACUUAAAGACGAUUGAAUGGAAACCAGACCCUAAGAAGUUUCUUUUAGCGAUCUGCAUAUCAGGACAGAUGUCGAACCAUUUAAUUUGCUUAGAGAAACACAUGUUCUUUGCAGCUCUUCUUGGCAGGACAUUGGUCUUCCCAAGCUCUAAAAUCGAUUAUCAAUACGAGAGGGUUUUGGAUAUCAAUCAUAUAAAUGACUGCUUCGGUGGGAAGGUUGUAUUGACGUUUGAAGAAUUUGCGGAGAAGAGAAAGGGUCGAUUGCAUAUAGAUAGGUUUAUCUGUUACAUCUCAAAUCCGCCUUGUUAUAUGGAUGAAGAUCAUAUAAAGAAACUGGAAAGAGUAGGCAUUUCUAUGGGCAAGCCGACGGCAGCAUGGCCUAAAGAUUCGGAGGAGAAUCGUCGAGCUGAUGAUAUUGUAGGGAAGUUUUCGUGUGCAGAUGAAGUUCUUGCAGUUGGCGACUUGUUCUACGCGAAGGUAGAGGAAGAAUGGGUCAUGCAAACGGGAGGACCCAUCAAGCAUAAAUGUAAGAGCGUCAUACAGCCAAAUCGUCUGAUUAUUCUCACUGCACAGAGAUUCAUACAGACUUUCCUGGGAGAGAAUUUCAUAGCUUUGCAUUUUAGGCGCCACGGAUUUUUGAAGUUCUGCAAUGCAAAAAAGGAGAGUUGCUUCUUUCCCAUCCCUCAGGCAGCGAAGUGUAUUCUUCAAAACGUUGAGAAGACAAAUGCUCCGGUCAUUUACCUUUCCACUGAUGCAGCUGAAAGUGAAACUAAUCUGCUACAAUCUCUAAUAGUCCUUGAUGGCAAUGUCGUGCCCUUGGUUAAAAGGCCUUCUCACACUUCAGUUGAGAAAUGGGAUGCCUUACUAUACCGGAACCACCUUGGCUCUGAUGACCAGGUUGAAGCCAUGUUAGACAAGACGAUCUGUGCGAUGUCCUCUGUGUUCAUUGGUGCAUCCGGAUCAACAUUUACUGAGGACAUACUCCGGCUAAGAAAAGAUUGGCGAUCGGCUUCAGUUUGUGAUGAAUAUCUUUGUCAAGGUAGGCGACCAAAUUUCAUUGCAGAUUUGGAGUGAAAGAUGCCAUCAUAUGGGGUCCUACCCUCCUUUAGAUCAACAUUCUUAUCGUUCACAUUCAAGUGGUAAAUCACAUUGUAAAUUGAAUUUCAACUACUAUGAUGUUUGUAUAUUAUUCGUGUAAGAUAUAAUUAAUUGGUUUUCA